UUCCAUACAAAAGGGACCCAGCCACCGACCGGGGCAGGCAGUGGCGGCAAUGGGGAGGCACUGGGGUCCUUCGGGGGCCGCCCCGCUCCUCCUGCUCGUGGGGGUCUCCUGCCUCCGCCCCACAGCCGCCUUCUGGCUCUUCAACGUCCUCUUCCCCCCCAACGCCACACCGGAGGCCAAGCUGGCCAACCACACACCGCCGGUCAUCCUGGUCCCCGGGUGCCUGGGGAACCAGUUGGAGGCCAAGCUGGACAAGCCGGACGUGGUCAACUGGAUGUGCUACCGCAAGACCGAUGACUACUUCACCAUCUGGCUGAACCUGAACAUGUUCCUGCCUGUCGGGGUGGACUGCUGGAUCGACAACACCAGAGUGGUGUACAACCGGACCACGCGGAGGGUGUCCAACGCGCCCGGGGUGCACAUCCGCGUCCCCGGCUUCGGCAAGACCUCCUCGGUGGAGUACCUGGACAAGAGCAAACUGGCCGGGUACCUCCACACCUUGGUGCAGCACCUGGUGAACAACGGCUAUGUGCGAGACCAGACCGUGCGGGCGGCCCCUUAUGACUGGAGGAUCGGGCCCAACCAGCAGGAGGACUACUACCGGUCCCUGAAGGCGCUGGUGGAGGAGAUGCAGGCGGCCUACCAGAAGCGGGUCUUCCUGGUGGGGCACAGCAUGGGCAACCUCCACAUCCUCCACUUCCUGCUCCAGCAGGACCAGGCCUGGAAGGACCGCUUCAUUGGGGGCUUCGUCUCCCUGGGGGCCCCCUGGGGAGGGGCCGUCAAGACCAUGCGGGUCCUGGCCUCAGGCGACAACCAAGGCAUCCCGCUGGUGUCGAGCAUCAAGCUCCGCGAAGAGCAGCGCAUGGCCACCGCCAGCCCCUGGAUGUUCCCCACGGAGCUGGCCUGGCCCCCAGACCACGUCUUCGUGGCCACGCCACAGCGCAACUACACCUGGGGGGACUUCCGGCGCUUCUUCGUGGACGUGCGCUACGAGGAGGGCUGGUUCAUGUGGGAGGACGUGCAGGGCCUGCUGGGGGGGCUGCCCCCGCCCCGCGUCCCCGUCCACUGCCUCUACGGCACCGGGCUGCCCACGGCCGAGGCCUACGAGUACGACGCCGGCUUCCCUUUCGAGGACCCCGUGGGUGUGCGCUACGGCGACGGCGACGACACCGUCAGCACCCGCAGCACGUCUCUCUGCCGGCGGUGGCAGGGCGCCCAGGCCCAGCCCGUGGAGGUGGUGGAGCUGCCACGCGUGGACCACCUCAACAUGGUCUUCGACAACCUCACCCUCCACCACCUCAACCGCAUCCUCUUCGGAGAAGGAGGGGCCCCCCAAGAGACCCUUCCCUGAGACACAGACUCGUUGGGGGCAACUGCAGCGCUCCCCAUCCCUCGGUUUAGAGGGUCGCAGGCACAUCCUGAGACCGGCAUACGCCAACUUUGGCCCUCCCUCCAGGUGUUUUGGACUUCAACUCCCACAAUUCCUAACAACCAGUAGCCUUAGGAGAAAAUGCCUCUAGAACAUGGACAUAUAGCCCGGAAAACCUACAACAACCCAGUGAUUUCGGCCAUGAAAGCCUUCGGCAAUACAUUGAACCAGUAGCCUUCCAAAACUCCUGGAAGGAGGGCCAAAAUAUAGAUAUAGGCUCUCCUUAAUAUUCCUCCAGUACAGGCAGUCCCCAAGUUACAAACAAGAUUGGUUGGAUUUGUAUGGAAGUCAGAACAAGGACAUUUCCUAAGUGUAACUCCAGCCAAAUAUACAUAUUUAUAUACGUUUUGGAUGGUACAGGGAAGGGUGGACAGCCCUGUGGGGUUGGGGUGCUGCCUGUGCCCGGCUUCAGAAGGUCUCACCUCACUUCCUGUUCCUGUUAUAAUUGGAUUUUGGAAAAUGUGGCUUGCUGUAGAAACAAGGACGGGGGUGAAGCUUCAUCGGAGAUCCCCCCCCCCAUAAUAAUAACAACUCUUCCAGGAGUGGGUUUCCCUCCCUCCCUCCCAGGGGCGGCUCGUCCAUUACUCAAAGUAAGCGGUCGCAGAACACUUUUUUUGCCAGGGGUGCAGAGGCGCCUCUGCAAAUGCCCCUCGACCGCCACUUGAGGAGCGCCCCCCCCCCCUCGGCUCACAACAGCCCUCGCAGUCCGGGGGGAGCCUCGGCAGCUCAUUACGCAAAGUAAGCAUUUGCAGUAGAGUUGAUUUUGCCCAGUGGUGCUCUUGAGGGAAAAUAGACCUUGACAUAUGCGAGUGGUAGUUACUGGGAUGUAUAGUUCACCUACAAUCACCUCCCUUUUUCUUCCCAGCCAGAGACAUUUGUUAUCUAACUUCUGUCAAGGUCUCUUACAACAACAAUUCCAGCAUACAAUUGAACAUAACUGAAUCCAUCUUGAAUACAUAUGAACAGCAUUGUUAAACAUAUUGAAGCACAUUGAAAAACAUGCAUGCAUACUUUCAAUAAUCCUGGCAGAUUUCCCCCACUUCCUGUUGUCUCAGCCCUGUGCUCAGGGGCGGCGCAACCCUUACGCAAAGUAAGCCCUCGCGGUAGAGCUGAUGUUGCCCGGGGGGGGGGCGCUCUUGAGGGGAAAAAAGACCUUGACAUAUGUGAGUUGUAGUUGCUGGGAUGUAUAGUUCACCUACAAUCAAAGAGCAUUCUGAACUCCACCAAUGAUGGAAUUGAACCAAAUAGGGCACACAGAACUCCCACCACGAACAGAAAAUAUAGAUCAGUGAUUGGUUCGGGAGAGGAACGGGGACAAAAUACUGUUUGCUUAACAUUGAAAAUUACCUAGGGCCGCCUCUGCCUGUGCUUAACUUGGAGUCAUUCAUAAUUCGGGUGUUUCUAAGGCAGGGACACGCUGUACAUAUGUGUACAUGAGCUAGAUUCUAGAUUUGGAGGGACCCCAAAGGCCAUCCAGUCCAGCCUCGUUCUUGACCAGGAGCCGUUUCUCAGUCAGAUGCCUCUCAUUCAGGGGUGGCCUACACACACACACACACUUGAGUCUAAUGCGCCCCCCAAUCUAAUGCGCACCUCCAUUUUCAAAACUAUGAAACCCAAUUGUGCAAAUCUAAUGCGCACCCUGAUUUUGGGAAGGUCAUUUAGUCCCAAAGGGGAGUCAAUACGGUGUCCAUCUGCUAGAGAGAGUCUCCUAAACCUGGAAGAGAACCCCCCCC